AUGCCUAACGGCGUUUCUCAAUGGGAUGGUGUAAGAAAUUAUGAAGCACGUAAUAAUAUGAAAAACGGGAUGAAAAUCAAAGACAAAGUGUUAUUUUAUCAUUCCAAUUGCAAGACACCUGGAAUAGCGGGAUUAGCAGAGAUAGUGAAGGAGGCUUAUCCAGAUUAUACUGCGUUUGAUGAAUCCCAUCCAUAUUAUGAUCCAAAGUCAAAUAAGGAUAAUCCAAAAUGGUUUAUGGUUGAUGUUAAAUUUGUUCGUAAGUUCAACCGUUUAAUUACACUAAAGGAAUUGCAAGCUCAUAAGGACGAUGGAUUGAAAGGUAUGGCACUAUUGAGCCGUGGACGUUUAUCUAUACAACCCGUGAAGAAAGAGCAUUAUGAUUUUAUUUUGGAAUUAGAAAAGAAAAUAUGA